UAUGACGAAGUAACAUUAUUCAAUCUCUUGACAUGGGAAGCAUCCAGGGAGGAGGUAUCAACCAAGAAUAAACGGUCAACAGCGAGUAGAAAGAAUAAAUAGAUGAUCAACUCAAUUAGCCAUGACUUUUUUGAAUCGUCCAUCCCGUCCAUGGGGUACCCAUCCUAUGGUUACGUGUUUGGUCAAAUAACAAAGCAAGCACCGACUCUCAACUGCGUCGAUAUUCUUGAAUUUUUUGAAACAAGAAAGUGAGUUUUCUUGUUAACCCUAGCUACUACCUAACAUAUUCAAGAUUAAGAUUUUUCUUCUUUUUUCUUGAUAACAAGAAGAAUAAAUCCUAGUUUUUGCUCUUCUUCAUUUGUCUAGAGUAGAUCUGUCAGAUUGAGUUUAGAAAGUGACACUGGAAAAUAGGCAUACAGAUCAUGAAUUUCAUGUCAGGUAGGCCGGGAUUUUAUGAAGAAGAAGCGAGUUCAGAAGGCAUGAAUCCUUCAUCACGGUACUCUUUCUUCCCCUCAUCUUCUGAGCAAAAAGGUGUUGUACCUUACACCUACCACCGGCAAGAAGCUGAGGAAUCUCAGAGAUGUGUUCAACCUGAGCUCAUGCCCGAUUCUUCGCCCAACAACAAUGGAGAUGCAGAGGAGACUAAUGACUCCGAAGAUCAUAUUGUUCUUCGCCGAGGAGGAGAAGGCAGUAGUAUGGCUGGAAACUCCAUCUUUAUCGAGAGGGAGCAUAUGUUUGACAAAGUAGUGACACCAAGUGAUGUGGGCAAGCUCAAUCGAUUAGUCAUUCCAAAACAAUAUGCAGAAAAGUAUUUCCCCUUAGAUUCAUCCACGAAUGAGAAAGGACUUCUGUUGAAUUUCGAGGAUAGAAAUGGAAAGCCAUGGCGAUUCAGGUACUCCUACUGGAACAGCAGCCAGAGCUAUGUAAUGACCAAAGGAUGGAGCCGCUUUGUUAAGGAAAAGAAGCUUGAUGCAGGUGACACAGUCUCUUUUCAGCGUGGGGUCGGCGACUUGGGAAAGGAUCGAUUAUUCAUUGAUUGGAGGCGCCGUCCAGAUGCUCUUCACCUUUCUCCUCCUGUUCCUUCUCUCUCAGCUCCACAUCAAUUCUCUUUCCACAGGACUCUUCACCCGUGGAAUCCUCUAUAUUUUCACUCACAGGAGCCACCAUUGACCAGGGAUUAUUCACACUUUAUGCAACCCAACGUCAAUACUCAUCAAUCUCAUCCAAAUAAUCCAUAUGGAUAUGGUAAUGGACCUUACGGUUAUAGUACUAACGUUAUAACCGGAAACCCUUGUUCGGCUGGCUCGAUAGUCUACGUUAGAUCGGCUGCCGGAGCUGGACCUGGAGCUGGAACUGGAGCUGGAACUGGAGCAUUAGCCCCACAUCAGCUCGGAAUGGUUCAGAUGCAAAGGGGUGGUGGGGUUGGGGUUGAGCAGAUGGUGUUUGAAUCGGUGCCGGUGGUCCAAGGGAAGUCUGCAGCAAAGCGACUCAGACUGUUUGGUGUGAACAUGGAUUGUCCCAUUUCGGAGUCAGAUGGAUGUGAUAUCUUGUCUUCCACAAGUGUAACACAUACAACAAUGGAACUUCAGCCUCCCACUUUUGAUUCUUCUUCAUUUCCUAGAUCAUUUUCUUUUCUCCAGUCAAGGCCCCAAACUGUGCCAUCGGACCUGCUCAACAAGGGCAAGGGGUCUAUGUCCUUGGAUUUAGACAUCUGACCUGAAGAAUUCAUGUCCACAUUUUGAGAUUCAAAAGAGGUAAGAUCCUGCAGAAGAGGCAUAUAUCUUUACCAAUAUUGCUCAACUUCAUUGUCCAACCGCAGUGGCGCUCGGAGAUAUUGUCACAUCAUUACAUGGAAGAACAUUACACAAUUAUUUAAGAAUGCUGAGAUUUCACUAGCAUCACAGAAGCUUCAUCAGAGAUGAAAGAUAAUUUCCACAUGCUAAUGUUUGAGUUUCAGUCUGUGUAUAAAGGCAUAAUAUUGCAUAGAUAAAUCACAGAUACAUUGUAGAUCCUUCAAGCCCGUUAUUUUAUGCUUUCCCUAAGUAGGGCAUGGAUCCUAAGAAUGUACCCAUGCCAUAUUUACUCUUUAGUUGUUUUCUCUAAAUUCUUAUAUUCUACUUUGGAUCAUCGGCUGA